AUGCAGACACAGACUGAAACACAAUUGGAAACAUCAACAGACAACAACAACAAUGAAGUUGCAACGACAACAACUCCUUACAUCAAAGGAAGCAAUAUUAUAGACUUCAAUGGUUCAAAGAGCUUUGAGAUCAAGCAGGCCACUGCCAACCACUCCUCAUUGUUGUUGGUAUAUCGACCGGAUUGCGUAUUCUCUAUACAAGCGAUGCCAAUGUACAUUACUCUGGCACAUACAUUCCCCAACUUAACAUUCUAUCGAGCUGACUUGUUAUCUAACAAACUAAAGACAAGAUCAACACCGACAAUAUUCUUGGUUAGGGAAGGUUAUUGGUUGAGAUAUGGCGGAUCAAUGGAUAUUGUUGAACUCAAGGAAUGGAUCUCUGAUAGAUGUGAUCAGAAAUACAAUGAUGAUGAGGAGAAAGACAAUACUGUAUCCACCAAGGUGGAUAAAGAAUCCGAUGAUGAUAAUGAUGAUAUAACCGAAUAUCAAGAUGAUGAUGGACACAGUAUAAUAAUGGCCGUACAAAGCAUUGGAACAUCAAUCAACUACAUGCUAGUGUUCAGUACCUGUUUUGUCAUUUACCUCUGUGUAAAGACAAUUAUAAUUCACAUCAAGAGAUCAAUGAAACAAAAGAUACACUAA